AUGACGGCUUCGUUGAACGUCGCUGCUUCGCAGUGGCUGGAGCAACUCCAGUCGAUGCGUGCCGCCAUCGCUCAACUGAAGCUUCCCCAAACCAACGGCGACACUGGCCCUUCACCGUAUGCCGACCUGGACGACGAAGAGCUCUCCCCGGACUCCGACUCUGCAGACAUUUGGGAUUUGAUCUCCAACGACGAGGACGAAGAUUUCAGCGAUGAGAGCUUCGACUUGUCGCCACCGAAUGAACGCCCUUCCGGCGAUGGCGCUUCAAGCGCUUCAGUUGGAUCCAGACCUUGGCUUCGCUCUCGCUGCGAUGACAUCGCCCAGAGUAGUACGGGUUUGUCGGGCGAUGCACUCCAGGAACAGAUUCUGGCCGUUCUUGCUUCUGACAGCAAUGAUGAUGAACUUCAAAUGACUCUGGCUGACAUGGUCGGCUUCGGCGAACUUGAUUUCGUUUCCGACCUCAUCAAAUACCGGACAUCGCUCACGUCUGAACCGGUCAAAUCUCUGGACGGCAUUCUUUCUAAAUCCGAAAGAGACGCCAAACUCCGAGAGCUGGAUCGUGAACACAAAUCCGCCGGCUUGGCCUCUGCCCAGGAUCGUACCGGGCCUGUCUAUCCUCACAUCUACCGUGCGCACGACGCAGGCAAUGCUCUCUCUGCCCAUGGCAAAAAUGAACGUGUAGACCACGAGAAAUACGAAGAGUAUACGAUUCCUGCGGCCAAAGUGGGGACCGUAGGUGCAGACCGGCCGCUGGUGCGAAUCACAGACCUCGAUGGCUUAUGCAAGCGGACGUUUGUGGGCUACACUUCCCUGAACCGCAUGCAAAGCCUGGUGUAUCCUGUUGCAUACAAGACGAGCGAGAACAUGCUGAUCUGUGCACCAACUGGUGCCGGCAAGACUGAUGCGGCAAUGCUCACAAUCCUCAACGCCAUCGCCAAGAACAUUCACCCCAACCCCAUUGAUGAGCCUGAAGCGACCGAGUUCGCUGUCCAUACAAACGACUUCAAAAUUGUAUAUGUGGCGCCAAUGAAGGCACUGGCGGCAGAAAUCACACAGAAACUAGGCAAAAGGCUGGCAUGGUUGGGAGUCGAGGUACGCGAGCUGACGGGUGACAUGCAUCUCACCAAGGCCGAGAUUGUGCGAACUCAGAUCAUCGUUACGACUCCAGAGAAAUGGGACGUUGUUACUCGGAAGUCCACCGGCGACACCGAGCUCGUGCAAAAGGUCCGACUGCUGAUCAUUGAUGAGGUUCACAUGCUUCACGAUGAACGUGGCGCUGUGCUAGAGUCUCUGGUGGCCAGAACGGAGCGACAAGUGGAGAGCACGCAAUCAUUGAUUCGCAUUGUUGGCCUCUCUGCAACCUUGCCCAACUAUGUCGACGUGUCGGAUUUCCUCAAAGUCAAUCGCAUGGCUGGCCUUUUCUACUUUGAUCAGUCCUUCCGUCCAGUCCCACUUGAACAGCACUUCAUCGGCAUCAAGGGCAAGGCGGGGUCAAAAGCGAGCCGCGAAAACCUCGACAACACCGCCUUCGAGAAGGUCAGAGAGAUUCUGGAACAGGACAAACAAGUCAUGGUAUUUGUGCAUAGCCGGAAAGACACCGUCAAGACCGCGAGAAUGCUAUACGAGAUGGCAGCCGAUCAGGGAGUUGCAGAUUUGUUUGAUCCCAGCUUUCACGAAGGCUAUUCCAACGCCAUGCGGGACGUGAAAACUUCCAAAGGCCGAGAAAUCCGUGAGUUGGUGGCCAAAGGCCUUGGAACUCAUCAUGCCGGCAUGCCGCGCUCAGAUCGCAACCUGAUAGAACGACUAUUUGACACGGGCAUUCUCAAAGUUCUGUGCUGUACCGCCACCCUUGCUUGGGGUGUCAACCUUCCCGCUGCAGCCGUCAUCAUCAAAGGCACACAGCUGUACAGCGCAGAAGCCGGCAAGUUUGUCGAUCUCGGGAUCCUGGACGUCCUUCAGAUUUUUGGUCGUGCUGGUCGACCUCAGUAUCGGGACACCGGUACCGGCUUCAUCCUCACAACCCAAGACAAGCUCCAGCACUACCUCUCUGCGGUCACUCAACAACAGCCCAUCGAGUCGCAAUUCAGCAAAAAGAUGGUGGACAAUCUGAAUGCCGAAAUCUCCCUUGGAACUGUCACCAGUGUACCAGAAGCCGUCACUUGGCUGGGCUACUCGUACCUCUUUGUGCGCAUGAGAAGGAAUCCACUCACGUAUGGCAUCGACUGGGCGGAGAUUCGUGAUGAUCCGAAUCUUGUCCAACGCCGGCGGGAUUUGGUCGUCAAAGCCGCGCGUGUGUUGCAGCAAAGCCAGAUGAUCAUAUUCAACGAAACCACCGAAGAAUUGCGAGCCAAGGAUGUGGGCAGAAUCGCCAGCCAGUACUACGUCCUGCAAACGUCCAUUGAAAUCUUCAACACUAUGAUGCGACCGCGAGCAACCGAGGCCGACGUGCUGAAGAUGAUCAGCAUGAGCGGAGAAUUCGACAACAUCCAAUCCCGAGACACGGAAGAGAAGGAGUUGAUGCGAUUGAAAGAAGAAGCAGCUCCAUGUGAUAUUGAUGGUGGCAUCGGAACUCAGCAAGGCAAGACGAACGUCUUAUUGCAAUCCUACAUCAGCAAAGCAAAUCUGGAAGACUUCACGCUGAACGCGGCGCGUAUAUGUCGAGCGCUGCGCUGGGGUUAUCAGUGCUUGAUCUUGCUAAGCAUGUGCAAGAGCAUCGAAAAGCGAUUUGAUCUUCCCCAAUCAGUCUUGCGACACCUGGACGAGAAAGGGUCAACAGCCUCGAUCGAAUCGCUGCGAGAGAUGGAAUCUGCCGAGAUUGGCAGUCUGGUUCACAAUCACAGCAUGGGCGGCACGAUCUCGAAGCUGCUGAAUAACUUUCCAACGCUGUCCGUCGAGGCCGAAAUCGCCCCUUUGAACCGAGAUGUCUUGCGCAUCAAGCUCUAUGUCACGCCGGAGUUCCGGUGGAAUGACCGCCAUCACGGCACGAGCGAGAGCUACUGGAUCUGGGUGGAGAAUUCGGAGACAAGCGAGAUCUACCAUCACGAGUAUUUCAUUCUAAGCCGGAAGAAACUCUACGACGACCACGAGCUCAACUUCACCAUUCCACUCUCCGACCCACUGCCGAGCCAGAUCUAUGUACGGGCAGUGUCCGAUCGGUGGUUGGGCGCCGAGACGGUCCAUGCUGUCUCUUUCCAACACCUGAUCAGGCCAGACACGGAGAGCGUGUAUACGGAUCUUUUGAACCUGCAGCCACUUCCUCUCAAAGCACUGCAGAAUCCGCUGCUGGAGGAGAUCUACGGUCAACGAUUCCAAUUCUUCAAUCCCAUGCAGACGCAAUUAUUCCAUUGCAUGUAUCACACCUCUGCCAACGUGCUGCUCGGCUCUCCAACUGGCUCAGGAAAGACCAUCGCAGCCGAGCUGGCGAUGUGGUGGGCAUUCCGUGAACGUCCCGGAAGUAAAGUCGUGUACAUUGCUCCAAUGAAAGCCCUCGUCCGCGAACGGGUGCAAGAUUGGAGUAAACGCCUCACGAGACAGAUGGGUCUCAAGCUAGUCGAACUCACCGGCGACAACACGCCGGACACGCGAACGAUACGAGAUGCCGAUAUCAUCGUCACGACUCCCGAGAAGUGGGAUGGUAUCAGUCGUAGCUGGCAAACGCGAAGCUACGUCCAGCAAGUCAGUCUGGUCAUCAUCGACGAGAUCCAUUUGCUCGGCGGUGACCGUGGCCCCAUCCUGGAGAUCAUCGUCAGCCGCAUGAAUUACAUUGCUUCGCAGAAAAAAGGCUCCAUCCGCCUCGUCGGCAUGUCAACCGCCUGUGCGAACGCCAUGGACCUUGCAAACUGGCUUGGCGUGAAAGAAGGAUUGUUCAACUUCCGACACUCCGUUCGACCCGUGCCGCUUGAGAUCUACAUUGACGGCUUCCCUCAACAACGCGGGUUCUGCCCUCUAAUGCAGAGCAUGAACCGCCCCACAUUCCUCGCCAUCAAAUCACACUCUCCUGACAAGCCUGUCAUUGUAUUUGUCGCCUCUCGACGCCAGACAAGAUUGACAGCGAAAGAUCUCAUCAAUUUCUGCGGGAUGGAAGACAAUCCCAGACGCUUCGUGCGCAUGUCGGAAGACGACCUCGCCUUGAAUCUGAGUCGUGUCAAAGAUGAGGCACUCCGGGAGGCGAUGAGCUUCGGCAUUGGUCUGCAUCAUGCUGGUCUGGUCGAGUCGGACCGACAGCUUUCCGAAGAGCUGUUUGCCAACAACAAAAUCCAGAUCCUUGUGGCAACAAGCACGCUGGCCUGGGGAGUCAACUUACCUGCCCAUCUUGUGGUGGUAAAAGGUACACAGUACUUUGAUGCUAAGAUUGAAGGAUACAAGGACAUGGAUCUCACCGACGUGCUGCAAAUGCUCGGCAGAGCUGGCAGGCCUCAAUUCGACACCUCCGGAAUUGCUCGCAUCUUCACUCAAGAUUCCAAGAAAGCUUUCUACAAGCACUUCCUGCAUACCGGCUUCCCUGUCGAAUCUUCGCUACACAAUGUACUGGACAACCAUUUUGCUGCAGAAGUGUCGGCCGAAACCAUCGCUACUAAGCAGGACGCCCUGGACUAUCUGACCUGGACGUUCUUUUUCCGCCGUUUGCACAAGAAUCCAUCGUAUUACGGCUUGGAACUGUCGGCCGAGGACAACUACACCGUGGCCGCCCAAGAGGCCGCAAAUGACUUCAUUGUCGAUCUGGUUGACAAGUCUCUGGAGGAGCUGGCAGAGUCGCGCUGUAUCACGCUGCACAGCAAUGGCGACAUUGACCCGACGCCUCUCGGCAAGAUCAUGAGUUACUACUACCUCUCGCACAAAACCAUUCGCCAGCUCACAAAAGACGCCAAGCCCAACGCCAGUUUCCAGGAUGUCCUGUCCUGGAUGUGCAAAGCGACCGAAUACGAUGAACUACCAGUGCGUCACAACGAGGAUUUGAUCAACGCAGAGCUAUCGGCGAAUCUACCACUGCAAGCCGAGGACUUUGGUCUUCCGAUGUGGGAUCCCCACGUCAAAGUCUUCCUGCUGUUGCAAGCCCACUUCUCGCGCAUCGACCUGCCCAUCACCGAUUACGUCGGCGAUCAGAACUCCGUGCUCGAUCAAAGCAUCCGUAUCAUCCAGGCCAGCAUAGACGUCUUGACGGAAAUGGGAUUAUUGCAAAGCUGCAGAAUGAUGAUGACGCUGCUCCGGUGCGUCAAAUCCGCCCGAUGGCCGGACGACGGCGCACUCUCCAUCCUCCCUGGCGUGGACAUCGAGAAAGAGAAACGCAGGAUGGAAAGUGGCAAGAAGCCUCAAUCGCUCAUCGAAGCCACUACCUCCCCCCGCCAAGAGCUAGACGCCGCACUGCGACAGUCAGGCUCAUCGUCGAACGACGCCCAAGCUCGAAGCCACAAAGCCCUUGCCCAACUCCCCAUUCUGCAAGUCAGCGUGACAAACGUCAACGCGCUCGGCUUCUCCAUCAAUUUGACGCGAGUCAACCCACCACAGAGCCGGGAACAGCGCAUUUUUGCCCCUCGCUACCCGAAGCCUCAAACGGAAGGCUUUUUCGCCUUGGUGGCCGAUGCGGCGAAUGGAGAUGUUCUGGCGCUGAAGAGGAUCAAUUGGCCGUCGCCGGAUAAGAGGGGUCCUGCUGCUGGGAGGGCUAGUCUUUCUACGAAAGCGAUGGUGAAGCUGCCUCCGAGUCGCGCGGAGAGGAAGGUCAGUGUGGUUGUUGUGAGUGACAGCUAUAUUGGGAUGGAAUGGAAGGUGGAUGAAGUGGAGGUUCCGGCGCCACCGCAGGUCGCUGACGGGGUUGUGAAGAAGGAAGCGAAGGGCUCUAGCUAG